AUGAGUGACGCUACUGCUCCAAAAAAGAGAACCUUCAAACAAUUCUCAUUCAAAGGUGUUGAUUUAAAAGAUUUGGUUGAAAUGCCAACUGAAGAAUUCACCAAAUUGUGUGGUGCUAGAGUCAGAAGAAGAUUCUCCAGAGGUUUGGACUCCAAACCAAUGGGUUUGAUUAAAAAAUUGAGAAUUGCCAGAGCUAACACUCAACCAAAUGAAAGACCAGCUACUGUCAAAACUCACUUGAGAAACAUGAUCAUUGUUCCAGAAAUGAUUGGUUCUGUUGUCGGUGUUUACAAUGGUAAAGUUUUCAACACUGUUGAAAUCAAACCAGAAAUGGUUGGUCACUACUUGGGUGAAUUCUCCAUUACUUAUACUCCAGUUAGACACGGUAGAGCUGGUAACGCUUCUUCUAAAUUCAUGCCAUUGAGAUAA